CUGGACAGGGCUGUUCGACCUCAGGGACAGAUCAAAUCUGAAACCGGACAAGCCUGUGAAUCGCCUCCCUGGAAGUUCACGAACAGGCUGGGCGAUCCGGUGGUAUUGGCAGAGCGCAACCCCUACUUCUGGGCUGUUGACCCCGCUGGCAACCAGCUUCCGUAUCUGGACGGCAUCCAGCUCACGCUGGUAGAGGGCGGCACCGACCUUGGAACGCUGAAAGCCUUGCAGGGCGAGAUCGACAUGCAGGGUCGGCAUAUCCAGCUUGACCAGUUCACCGUGCUUAAGGAAGGCGAGGCUGCCGGCGACUACAGGGUGUUCCAAUGGCCCACCUUCGCGGGUUCGGACAUCGCAUUCUUCUUCAAUAUGAGCUUGCCCGGUCCGAGCGGCGACGCCAUCCGCACGAAAGAGCUCCGUCAGGCGCUGUCUCUAGCUAUCGACAGGGCAUCCAUCCAGCAGACCAACUUCCUUGGGCUUGGUCAGAUUCGGCAGGGCGUGCCAGGACCGGGUCACGCGCACUAUCCGGGCGACGACAUCGCCCAGCUUCGCACCGAGUACGACCCGGACGCCGCAAAUGCGCUACUCGACAUGGUGUUCCCCAACAAGGACGGUGAGGGGUUCCGCAUGAACGGUGAAGACCGCAUCGUGCUGGACAUCCCGUUACCGACGCAUUCGGCACAUGGCCGGACGCGGCUGAGCAGGUUGGACGCGCAUGGGAAGCUGUGGGCGUUAAGACGAAUGUCAACUCCACCAACCCGCACCACGCACUUCGCGCGCUGGCAGAAAAUAGUGGGGCGUUAUGGUGUGGAACGAGGAUACGGCGGGCUUCACCUUCAGCUCCAUCGGCAAGAGGUCGCCUGA